GCCGGCAGUGUUUGUUGUUUUUAUUCGUCGGUACUAAUUUAACAUAUUUGCGUUUAUAGAGUGUAUAACUGUGUAUUGCGUAUUUAAGUCGUGUGUGACCAUGGCGAAGGUUGAGCAACCUAUUUUUAUCCUACCUAAGAAACGAAAUGGAAAGAAACAGAAUACAAUAGCUAGCCAUGUAGAUCACAUAAUUACUGUGCAGGGAGUUGCAGAUGAUGCUCAGACUAAAUACAAGAAUGGUCUAUCACCAGUCUCUGAACAUGUCAAUGGAAUCAUACAUUCAACCAUGGAAGGCCUCAAGUCCAACAUGAAGAUAAAUCUCCCAAUAAUCAAUGAUGUCAAUGAUGAGGAACUUAAUGAUUUUAAUGGAGACUCUGAAUCUGAGAAACAUAACAUCCAAAAGAAUGGAUACCAAGCUUUAUCUACUCUUAACAGCAGCCGAGAGAUAAUAGAUCUCUCCCCUAUAUAUGAGAACUCUUCAGAUGCUUGUUCCAGUCAUGGAGAUCUAAGAGAUGCUAAUGAUAGUGACAUCCAAAAGAGCUGCAAAGUACUCAACUCUGAUCAGAAUGAAAGCUCUUCUGCCACCCCAAACAGCCUGUCUCAAACACAGUCAGAAAACAGCUUUGAAAUGGGCAAUCUCACUGAUAGCCUCAAAAACAGUGCUAAAAGGAAAAAACGAGUAAACAUUGUUCCAGGAAUUGUGGAGGCUGAUAACACUGAUACUGAAAUAACAGCUUUGCGCAUAGAGUCUGAGGGUUCUUUAUCCCCUGAUUGCUCUCUGACAGACAAUUCUAAGGAUGGGUAUUUGACUAUGACAGGAACUAUUAAGAGAGGAAAAAAGAAAGGGCAGAAUGUUGAUGUUAAACUCAACAUAUCUAGGGAGGAGCUUGAGAUUAUUGAAGCAGCUAUUGUGGCUGAGGAAUUUAACAAGAUGGACAUAUCCAAAUGCUCUCUGUACAAUGGUCCACACAUUUUUCUAUUCAGCCUCCUUUGCAUUCCAUUUGUGGCAUGUAUUUCAGCAAUGUACUCAUUCUACAUGGGUACAAUGGCUUGGUACAAUGUAUUCUCCCAUGUCACUGAGAAUUUAAGCUGCAUUAAGAAAAUAUUACUUGCCCCAAUAGUGAUUUUAUCAUACCCAUUCUUGAUUGUAAUUUUCACUGUGGGUUUGGGUCUGUAUGCUGGUAUAGUCCAGCUUACAUUCAGUGCUGCCAACUGGUGGAAAGAUGUUUGUGAUUUUGAGAAAGGUUUCUAUGGGUGGCUUUGCAACACUUUAGGUAUGUCAGAGUGCAGUCCAUAUGAAGUUGUGGUUCUGAUGAAUGUCAAACCUUAAAUAAUAGUUAUACAUUUUAAUCUUGCCAACAACACUGCCAUUAAUAGAUGUCCAUUAUACAUUAUUUCUGCAA